AUGUUCUUAUCAAAGAUUGUUAUGAUUUCUGCUACAAUCUUGGAUAAAUGGUUGGUUGGCAAGAAAUCAUCCGAUUCAGCAUUAUAUUCAGAAAAAUGGCAACAAGAAUUUACAUCACGACCAACAUGGUGUGAUGCGGAUAUGGCAUUACAACAAAUGAAUCAG